AUGAUCAGGUUCCAUGAGAGUUUUCUAGAACUAGCAGGGAUACAGUCAUCCAGUGCUAUGUUCCAAGCAACCCAACAACAUGCUGGCUUAAAACAGGCAACAUCUGAAUAUCGUGUUCGAUACUCAUUACGGGAACUUGAAGAUUUGCCUAAGAAGAAGAACGACUUUCUCAAAGCCUGGAAACUUGUCAAAGAUCUUCCACCUUCCAACCCCAAUUCAUUUUGGUCCAUUGCAUCUUAUCAUGGCAUGCCGUUUAAAGACAGAAUGGUAGAACCUAAAGAUCUCCAAAGUCCUACUGAAGCCUGGAGUGGUUACUGUCAGCAUUCGAAUGUUCUGUUUCCAACAUGGCAUCGCUUUUAUUGUCUACGGAUGGAGCAAGCCUUACAGACUGUUCUACCGGAUGGUGAUGUUGCCCUACAUUACUGGGACACCACAUCUGAAGGAAGCAGGAAGGAAGGUCUUCCCCCUAUACUAGUACAGCCAACAGUAACAAUUGAUGGUGAUCCGAGUAUACCUAAUCCUUUACUUGACUUCAAAUUUCCACGAGAGAUAGAGGCAGAUCCUGAUAAAUUUUACGUUAAACCUGAGGGUUAUACGACAAUGCGAUAUCCAUUCUCGGGCAUAGUUAACCCUGAAGAAGCUAAGGCGGUUUCUGAAGCCCAUAAUACCAAGAUACGCGAGAUGAAUGUACAACCCACUGAGCUUCUUCAAGAGAACGUUAUAUACUUCAUCAACAAUGGAAGAUAUCCAGGGAAAGGAUAUAACAGCGUCUAUUCUCAGUUCAAAGAUUGUCUGGACACAGACGAUUAUAAUAAUUUCUCUAACACCACCUCGGUAGAUCAUGGUGAUUCAUGCUUAGAACAACCACAUAAUGACAUACAUUUAUCAAUUGGCGGUUUCACCAAUCCAGAAAAUCCUGGUGAAUAUUUUGGAUUAAUUCAGGGGUCCAAUGGCGAAAUGGGUGCCAAUGAAGUUGCUGCUUUUGAUCCGAUAUUUUUCUCUCAUCACAGUAAUAUCGAUCGUGUAUUUUGGAUCUGGCAGAGAAAAUGGGAUAAACAGCAUGAGUUAACUAUCAGGCCUGAAAUACCCGAACCUGGUCACAACACCGGAACGUCAACAAAAGGUCAAGGACCAACACCAAAUCAAACUCCUGAUCAAGAAUUAAACAUGGAUACGAUUCUGUAUCCGUUCCAAGACGAAUAUGGCGUUCCCAGAACCAGUAACGAUUGUGUGGAUAUUGAAGGUCAACUUGGAUAUACCUACUCUAGAGGUUCAUUAGAAGACGCCAUUAUACCAUCCAUUGCAUCACGGCUAUAUACACGAGUCGUUGAGAAACUAGAAGAGAUUGAAAUCGAGCUGAGACAGAAGAGUCGUGUAACUUCAAAUCAACCGCUGAGAGCUGUAUUUGAUUUGUCUAAACUUGUUGCUAAAUAUCCUCUAUGGGGUAAUUUUCUUCUUUUAAAACCAUCAGAUUCGAAGGUUAUUCAUUUUGCCGAUAGAAAAUGGAAGAGAUUCUUCACUUUCAAGAUUUCUAAUUUAGAUAAAGAUGCUUAUCCUGGCUCAUUUCUUGUUAGAACAUACGCGAAGAAGGCAGAUAAGCUGAUAUUUUUAGGACAUCGAGGUGUUCUCGACCGAUGGGAAAGAAAGCUAUGUUCUAAUUGUCAAAAUCGCAGAUUUGCUUCAUUGGGUUUCCGUUUAGCUGUAGACACUCCUGUCGAUCCGAAUCAUAUCGUGGCACACCUUGUGUCUAAAGAUCCUCUGACAGGGACAGAAGUCGUAACUGACCUGGGUGUCAAAUAUGAACCUGAGGCUGCUCAAUCAAAAUCUCAAAUUCAACCUACAUUUCAAAUAGCUAUAAGAUUUGAUGAGGUCAAAGAUUAAGAUGUUUGUUAUCACUUUGAUAACUCAAUUGUUUUUGCUUGUUCAUGUAAUCUUUUUAUCUCAUGCUUUUUUGUCUUAUACUAUAGACUAUUAUAUUAUAAGUUUUUUAUUUCACGCUUAUUUUUUUUAAUACUUAUGUGCUUUAUUUUUUUAUUUCAUGACUUUACAAAUAUUAAAAGAGAACUUUUAUUUCUAUAUUAUUUAAUGUAUUGAACACCAUUUUAUCAGUGGUAUUUCUGUAUCCCUCUACAAUUGAUUAUUGAGCACUAUUUUAACAGUGGCAUUUCUAUAUCGCACUACAAUUGAUGUAUUGAGCACUAUUUUAACAGUGAAAAUAUUUUAUUAUAUAAUCAAUUUAUAUUAUCUGAAAUAAAUAACACAUGCUAAA